AUGCAGCAGUGGACGCUUGAUCGCAACUCCGAGUCACCCGAAAGCAGCGGUCGACCGUCCGCGCUUUCGCGGGAGGCAAGGCUGUUCAAGACGGAGGGGCGAUCGACUCGCCGCAGCACCCGUACCGAACAUCGCCGCGCGUCGCGAGAGGCCUUUCCUGCAGAGCCGCUCUCGACACCGUACCGCAGUGACAAGGGGGACGACGAGGAUGAGGAGGGCCGCCGUAGCGCACCACAGCGGCUCUCGCGUCACAUCCCCCAGCGGGUGGGUAUUGACAUGACGGUUUCGUCGUUCAACCUCAUGUCGUCCACGGCAUGCGGGACUCAGACAUCAACGGGCUCACCGCUCCGUAUGGGCUGCUGCGGCGGCCGAGACUAUGGUCGCAACCCUUAUGGCACUGCAGCUCCCGCCGGUCGUCACGCAACUCCAGGAACCGCUCCUGCAGCUUCCGCCACCGCUACCAAUGCGAACGGGUAUGCCGCAACGGCGGCCCCCACACCUCCCUCUAGCGUCCUCACCAGCUUCUCCGAGUCCAUGGUGUCGGACGACUCCUCUUACAUGACGUCGCUCUACAACGAUGUGCUGGCGGACCAUCUCAUCGGCCAUCGCGGUGGCGUGAUGACAGCCACGAACGGCGGCCCCGCAGACGGUUCUGGCACAACCGCAUACGCUCGGACCCUUCCGACGCCAGGGUCGAACCUGAGUGUUUGUGAGUCGAGCGCCGCCAUGUCAGACGAAAGAGGCGUCACCAGCCUCAGCAACGAGGAGUGUGGAUGUGGUUGGCGGGCUAAUACGGACGGUCCAGUCAGCUCUGCGCGCAGAGGACUUGGCGGCGAGGUGCUGCGGUUUGCAGACAUCACCUCCACUGAGGUGACUCUGCGAUCGUUGGGUGUGGCCAGUCCGACAGAGGCCUCGCUUCGUCUCGCCACCCUCUCCGCCAAUGGCACCACAAGAGGGGUAGGGAGCACGGUCAUCGCUACAUCCGUCGGGGCGGGUCUCUCCUCGGCGUUGCCACGCGUGCGCUCUCGCACGAUCUACACAUCCGGCAGCGGCAGUCGGGGCGUCUGUGGAACCCGCGUCUUCAACACCACCCCCGAGCGUGUUCUGGAUGCGCCGCAGUUUCCAUCCAAGGCGACGCAGUUGCUGGACUGGGGCGCCAACAACUGCAUCGCGAUCGGGAUGGGCAAGUGCCUGUACUCGUGGAGCGGUGAUAGCGGCGAAGCCGAAAAGGUGGUGGAGCUCGACGGCGCCAUGCGCAUCCGCUGCGUUCAAUGGCUGCAAAAGUGCUCCUGCGUGGCAAUAAGUGUGCAGGACGGCACGACAGCAAUUUUCGACUCCCGCACAUCGAGCUUCCUGCGCGUCGUGCGCCUCCCGUCUGGACUGGAGGUGACGGGGCUAUCCGUGAAAGGUCCGGUGUUGGCGGUGGCCUCUGGCGGGCCUUAUGGCACCACCUGCGCCUUCGACCUCCGCGCUAAGGACGCUCUGGUGGCCACCUACGAAGGCCACGUGGGUGGCGUUUCGAACCUGCACUACUGCGCCGCAGAGCCCUUUUACCUCGCGACAGGAGGACGUGAUGGAUCGGUGCGCGUGUGGGACGUCCGACGUGCCUCCACACCGCGCUACGCGUUCGACGGCGUUCACCAGGGAAGCAUCAACGCCGUCCGCUGGGAUCCGCAGAAGCGCAGCCGCCUCUUCACCGGCGGCGAAGACGGCGUCAUGUGUCUCAUCGAAACGCACGCACCGAAGCGCACCAUUGAGAUGGACACCACAGCAGAUGAAGAGGGUGUCGGGUUCGGCUGCAAUCGCGAACAUCUGGCUCAGUACGUCACACGCGCCGUUAACACCCAGCACCCCAUCUCCGACCUGGUCUGCAACGGCGCAAAUGGCGAGGUGCUAACGGCACAUAAAAACAAAGGGCAACUGCAACUCCGAAAGGCGUCCACGUUUCACCUCCUCGCCACCUUCACUGCGCCUCAUUGCGAUGCCUCGCUGAGCUGUCUCACCAUGGCCCCGGAUCAUGAGCGUGUCUGCGCUGCCCAGGCAGAUGAGACGUUGAAGUUCUGGCGCGUUUUCGAAAAGAGCGCCGCUCGUGGAGUUGAGCGCAGCGGCGUGCGGCGUGUAGGUCAGGGAUGGACACCAUCUCAUCAGGAUCCCAGUAACUUCUUGGAGGAGCCGCUACGGUGA